AUGACCAGAUACUUUCUUCUGCAAGCGGCCUUGAUUCCCAUUCAUUGCUUACGCCGCAACCCUUCUCACGUCGAUGCCGGGUCAUGGCGCGCUCAGAUCCAGACGGCGCUUGACAUCAUCAAUGGAAUGACCAACUUGAAUCCCAGCGCCCCAAAAUGCCGCGACAUCAUCUGCCGACUAUGCGGCGACACUUUCGUCGGACCAGACUCUGCGCCUGGACCAUCACACAUGCGACAUUUCUCUAAGGGGCCAGCACCAACAGCAACACAGCCGUCAUGGAAUGGACAGGAACAACAAUACAACAAUCUUCGAUCGGAUGACCGGCUUCCAGAGAGUGCAAGUGGCACCGUAUCUUCGACUGACUAUGAUUCUUGGCCAACAAUGUUUCCUACGGCUGGUUUCGCAAACCCAGCAUUCCCGUACUCGACAGCAGCACCGACUGAAGGUGUCGACGCCGACGCUGCCACAGGCAAUAGAUCAGACUCUGCAACGAUGGAUCCGUGGAUGACAGAGGUUGAUACAGCCAUUGACAACUACAACGUUUACUGCGACCGGCUAAGUAACGCUGCUAUGGCCGGCAUGGGGCUAGGGCCACAAUUUGGUGAGCUUGCUGGAGACAGACCCGUGGUGGGCGACGAAACUCUCAAUUUGGACGGUACGGAAAUUGGAACGGGUGUGCAAGAUUGGGACUGGGGGUUAAUGCUAUGA